CCAAGGUAGAUAGUCAUAGGAGUUGAAAAAGCUCUAGUGCUCUACCAAACAGUGUUAUUGCUCUUAACUGCUGUACCUGUACUUGUUUCAAUACAGUUAUUGUGUGUGAGCUGUUGUUACAUUUCACCAUAUCUCUCUUUUUCUUCACAGUUGCAAGCUGUUGUUACAUUUCACCAUACCAGUACACUAAUUGCAGUUGAAUCAAUUCACUUCCUUUUCUUUCCCACCACUUUUCUCCAUCUCUCUCUUCUCAACAGAACCACACUAUGUUCAACACAAACAAUAAACAAAUGAAACUUCAGUUCAUGAUGAUCCUCACGUUCCACAUUGUUCGAGACUACCCUUUUCUUGGAUCCACCUCCAACUACCUCUUUUCUUGAAGAGAUUGACCAUUUCCUCAUCAGAAUCAAAUCUUUUUCUCAUUUUCAAUCAUUUUUUUAUCUUCCAAGAAGAAAGGGUCUUCUUCUUUUUUCUUUUUCUUUGUUUUCAUUGCCAGCCAUGACAGAGGUGCUACAUUCUCCAACACCAACAUCAUCGCCAACCACUCCUUCUUCCUCUGAUGGCGGCAUUCUCAUUCUCAGCCGUCCAGACCAAGAAGAACAACCACCCUCUUCUUCUUCCUCUGCUUCCUCUGUUUCCCCUGCUUCUUGUUCUGUAGCUGAGGCUGUGGAUGGUUUUUCUACGGUCACUGACGGUGACUCAGAGGAGAUCACGGUGGUCACUGACAGAAACCACCACAGGACGCAGCAGGAGCUGUCCCUUUUGGCAAUUCUUGUGACCCUUUUAAGGAAAUCCUUGGUUGCUUGCAAGAGUGAAGGGAGGGAACUCUGUGCCAUGGAAAUUGGUUGGCCCACUAAUGUGCGCCAUGUUGCGCAUGUUACCUUUGAUAGGUUCAAUGGUUUCUUGGGUUUGCCUGUUGAGUUUGAACCUGAAGUCCCCACAAGGCCUCCCAGUGCAAGUGCAACUGUGUUUGGAGUUUCAACAGAAUCAAUGCAGUUAUCAUAUGACACAAGAGGGAACAGUGUGCCAACAAUUUUGUUACAAAUGCAAAGGCACUUGUAUGCCCAAGGAGGGUUGCAGGCAGAGGGGAUUUUCAGAAUUAAUGCAGACAAUACUCAAGAGGAAUAUGUUAGGGAUCAAAUAAAUAGGGGAGUGAUCCCAGAAGGCAUUGAUGUACAUUGUUUGGCAGGACUAAUCAAGGCUUGGUUUAGGGAACUGCCUACAGGUAUUCUGGAUUCUUUAUCACCAGAGCAUGUAAUGCAAUGUCAAAAUGAAGAGGAUUGUGCUGAACUGGCAAGGCAACUACCUCACACUGAAGCUUCCCUUCUUGACUGGGCUAUUAAUCUGAUGGCUGAUGUUGUCCAAGAGGAACAUCUGAGUAAGAUGAAUGCACACAAUAUUGCCAUGGUUUUCGCGCCAAAUAUGACUCAGAUGGCAGACCCUUUGACUGCAUUGAUGUAUGCAGUUCAAGUGAUGAACUUCUUGAAGACACUAAUAUUAAGGACACUGCAGCGAAGAAAGGAUUCUGUGGUAGAACCCUCUCCUAGAUUUGAUUUAGAGCCUUCUGAUGAGAAUGGGGAGGACCAAAGUCCUUUGGGAUCGUACCAGCAAGAUGUUGCCUCAGAAAAUGAAGAGGAAGUGGAAUCCUUUGUUUGGGAGAAAGCUGUAUCAGAAUGUUCCCCUGAACCCUUCCAAAACAAAGAUUCAACUGAAGGAGAACCUGAAAGUUUGAUGAGCUCUUCUGAGAUUCUAGUUUGUGAAGAGGAUUUGUAUUGUCAGUUUCCACCCAAAGGAAAUGUUGGGAUGAGUAAGACUGGUCAAUCAAGUAGUUCAAUUGCUAAAAAGGGCUUCAAGAAAACCAGAGGCCAGCAACCUAUGAUCCAUGGAACAGUGGCUGUUGAGAAAAAAGGUAUUAGCAAUUUGAGCCUCAUAGACUCAAUAUCAGAGAGGAUAGAAGCCUGGCGGUGAAAGAAGCAUCACUGUGCUGUAGUGUAAGAACCGGUUUGGAUGCAAAAUGCAAACCAAAGAGCGCUUAUUGGAGCUUAUCUAGUGUUUUUUUUCCCAGUAGAUAAGCUCCAAUAAGUGCUCUUUGGUGCAUAUCUAAACAAGCUCUAAAUUGUUUCUGUAAUUGUAAGUUUGUUUGGGUCUGAAGCUGCAACUUGGAAUGAUAAGUAUGUGAAAUGGUUCAGUUUUUUGAAUUUCCUUGGUUUGCUGAACUUGUUUUCUUUCAAGAAUGGCACAAACAACUCUACUAACAUUGUAACAAAAUCUUUUCCUGUGUGUUAAGUUGUGUUCUGGUAAUUAUUCCUGGUUGGUCA